AUGGCAAUGGCGGCUUCGUUGGGAGGUUUUUUCCUGCGUCUGGCGACGCUACUGUGUCUGUUCCAAUUUGUCCAGGCGAAAACUGUCUCAUAUGACUGGAAUGUUACCUGGGUGAAUGCCAAUCCUGAUGGCCUGAUGGAGCGCAAGGUCAUCGGUAUCAAUGGCGAGUGGCCGCUGCCCAUCGUCGAAGUGGACAAGGGUGACCGUCUCAUCGUGAACGUGUACAAUGGCCUCGGUGACAAAGACACCUCUGUCCACUGGCAUGGGAUGUUUCAAAAUGGCACCAAUGGAAUGGACGGCCCCUCCAUGGUCACUCAGUGCCCAAUCCCGCCGGGCCACUCUUUCACCUACAACUUCACCAUCAAUCAGAACGGUACCUACUGGUACCAUUGCCACACGGGCAACUGCUACCCAGAUGGUCAUCGACAGGCGUUGAUCGUGCACGACAAGGAUGCCUACUUCAACGAAAUGUACGACAAGGAAUACACCAUCACCAUGAGUGAUUGGUACCAUGAGCUCAUUGAGGACAUCAACUGGAUCCGUAAGGCCAACCCUACCGGAGCAGAGCCUGUCCCCCAGGCUUUCUUGAUGAACGAUAUGACGUCUGCGAAUAUCUCUGUCAAGCCUGGAGAAACAUACCUCCUACGUUUGAUCAAUGUGGGUGCCUUUGUAGCACAAUACUUUUACAUUGAGGACCACACUUUCAAGAUCGUCGAAGUGGAUGGCGUGUACACCGAUCCGACCGAAGCUAGCAUCCUAUACAUCGCUGUCGCACAGCGAUAUACCAUUCUGGUGGAAGCUAAGAACUCCACCGAGAAGAACUAUCCCAUUGUGAUGGCGGCCGACUCGCAGCUUCUGGAUACAAUCCCGUCCGACCUUCAACUCAAUAUUACCAGUUGGCUGGAGUACAACGCGGAGGCUGCGCAUCCCCAGGCUGUCAUGACAGUGGAUGAUGUCUCGAACUUAGAUCCAAUUGAUGAUAUGACUCUCGUGCCCCACGAUCGCAUGGAGCUUCUGACUGACCCCGACGUUACCAUCGAUGUUACUGUCAUCAUGCAGAAUCUUGGCGAUGGUGCAGGUUAUGCAUUCCUGAAUAAUAUCUCCUACACCAUGCCCAAGGUCCCAGCUCUCUACACCGUACUCUCUUCCGGAAACUACUCCACGGAUGCCACAAUCUACGGCGAAUACACCCAGCCAACUGUUCUGAAGAAAAACCAGGUUGUCGAGAUCAUCCUGAACAACGGCGACACCGGCUCCCACCCCUUCCACUUGCACGGACACAAUUUCCAGCUGGUAGAUCGCGCCCCUGGAUACGGUGAGCACUUCUACGAUUAUCUCGAUGGAGGCCCAGUGGCAUACGAUGCAUCCAACCACGGAGACUUCCCUCAAUACCCCAUGCGCCGCGACACCUUCAUCCUCCCCCCACAGGGCUAUUUCGUGAUUCGCUUUGUGGCCGAUAAUCCGGGCGUUUGGUUCUUUCAUUGCCACAUUGACUGGCAUUUGUCGCAGGGUCUGGGUAUGCUAUUGAUUGAAGCGCCCGAGCAGAUUCAGGAACAGGAGCAGGUUUCAUCGCAAGCCUACGAUAACUGUCGAGCAAAAGAUAUUCCUUUCGAGGGCAAUGCGGCCGCCAACACCAAGGACUGGCUCGAUUUGACUGGUCAAAAUAAGCAGGUCGACUGGCUUCCGGCCGGAUUCACCACCAAGGGUAUCGUGGCACUCGUGUUUUCGUGUGUCUCUGCCUUCCUUGGAAUGGCAUCUAUCUCCAUGUAUGGUGCCACGGGCAUCGAGUCUAAGAAGGUAGAGACAGCCGCAGAGGGCGAGAACUCGGCAGCUCGUGAUGGUUGA